UCACUGAUUUUCCGACUUCACAGAAGCGUUUCUAGGAAUCAAAUACGUACCGCGAAGAUGUCUCGAGCCAAACCCGUUACACACGAAAUUCCUCCUAUGAAAGACUUGACGACGGAAAACAUCACCGAAAAUGUAAAUCUCAUCAACUCACAAUGUUCGAAUCCGCGUAUUCGCUUUCUGAUGGAACGACUGGUUGUUCACUUGCACGCAUUUGCGCGAGAGACUCGUCUAUCUAGCAAGGAAUGGCAGGCAGGACUUGACUUUCUGGUCGCUAUUGGACAGAUCAGCAAUGACCUACGCGGGGAGAUGAUUUUACUUUCAGAUACUCUAGGGUUAAGCAUGUUGGUUGAUUCGAUUGAUCAUCCGCGAUCGGAUAAUUUCACCCAGGGAACUGUCCUGGGACCUUUUCAUACACACGAUGCGCCGGUGACGGAGAAUGGAUAUGUGUUGCACAAGGACCCGGAUGCGACGAGACUAUUUGUCCUGUGCACUGUCAAAGACUCGCAAGGACGUCCAAUUGAGAAUGUGCAGUGUGAUGUGUGGGAGGGGGAUUCCAAGGGAUUCUACGAUAUACAGAACCCCAAUCGAGCAGAACCUGAUGGACGCGCGGUACUACGGUCGAGUAAAGACGGUAUCUUUUACUUCAACGCGGUUGUGCCUGUGCCGUACCCCAUCCCGGACGACGGACCGGUGGGCAAGAUGUUGAAGGUCUUGAAUCGCCAUCCUAAUCGACCGGGUCAUAUACAUUUCAUGUUCCAAAAGGACGGGUACGAUACACUUAUCACAGCGCUGUACCCACGAGGGGAUCCCUAUAAGACUUCUGAUCCAGUUUUUGGCGUCAAGGAGUCGCUGAUUGUUGAUCUUGGGGAAGUGGAUGAAGCAAUUUCGAAACAGUAUGACGUUCCGGUCUGGACGAAGCUGCUGCGAUAUGAGUUUGUUAUCCCGACGGAGCAGGAAGCCAUGGAGAUGCGGGUUGCAAAGGCAACGGAGGCUAUAGGCGGAGUUGGAUUAGAUGAUGAAGGUCAAGAGUUGAAACUUGAAUAUGAAGUAGAUUAA